AUGUUUUGCAGGAGGCCGAGGAGGAAGAUGCCACCACAACGUGUGAUCCUGAUUCUCUGCCUGGCGGGAUUUCUCUCUCAAGACCGUCAGGUCUUCAGCUUCUCCAUAGAGAGAAGCUUCUCAUCGAUCCGAGAGGUGCCAUUUGACAUGGCCACAACCUCUUUUGAUGACCAAUACAACGGCUGCCAGGAUAUGAUGGAGGAUAAGGUGGGGGCUCUCCUCCGCACUGAGUUUGCUGAUACCAUCUAUGCCAAGGUCUGGGAAAAUGCAACUGCCAAGUGGAAUGAGAUUAAGGCCUCUGCCUCAGUGCCCAAAGACCUCAAGCCGGAGUACGCCAUCGCGGCCUUGGCCUACACACGGAAAGAGGCCUUCUUAUAUCGCGAUUUAAACAGAGCUGUAAGGAAAGCAGGGGAGAGCGAAGAGUAUUACCUCAGGGCCUUCCACUUCAAGGCCUUCCAUUUCCUCUUGACGAGAGCCCUUCAAGUCCUGCGGGCCAACGCCAGUCCCAAGUGCCACGAAACGUACCGCGGGGUCAGAGGUGCCAGCUUCAUUGCGGAGCCCUCCGAGAAGGCCCGUUUUGGAUACUUUGCUUCCUCCUCGCUGGACAAGGACCAGGCCAUGAGCUUUGGAAAGGACACCUUCUUCACCAUUGAGACCUGCUACGGGGGCUACAUCAAGGAGUUCUCCUUCUUCCCAGAAGAGGAGGAGAUUCUGAUCCCACCCUUCGAGGAGUUCCAGGUGGCAGAGGUCACAGAGACGCCUGACGGGGUCCACAUCCGUCUCAUCUCCGCUGGAAUAUUCAGCAAGUACAACUGUGUAUAUGUCAAAGAUGCAGGUCUGAGCCAUUUAUUUGCUAAUGUCCGAAUGCCCUUCCUCUUCUGGGGAUUUCUUCUCAUUGCUGGUGCCCUUGGAGACCCGGGAUUUCUCUGAACACAGUGUCAGUCUUUCCAUUUCCUAGUAUUUUUCAGAAUCUGCCACUGGGGAUGAAAUGGGGCAAUAAUGUGAAAUGUAAAGGAAACCAGACAUUGGCUUUAGCUACAAUACCUAGCAACAAGUGCCAAAGAGGUUUUUGCAGCCCAAAAUAUGCAGUUAGAUUGAAUUUCAUUAUUAGUUUGCAAUUUCUGAAUUACUCUUUUGCUGCUGCAGUAGUCAUUUAAAUGUCUCACUUGAUGAAAUAAUGAGAUGGGAACAAGAUUGCCAAUUGGCCUGGAAGAAAAUGUCGCUUCGCAGAGGUUUAAUAUUCAGAAAUGUGAGGCUGGAGCCUGCGUGAUGUGGAGGAUUCAUGGCACCAGCCAGUAUCUGCUGCAGAUCAAAACCAGUUUAGAAACUGGCAACCUUAGGUAGCAAGAAAUGUAACACAAACAUUUUUCAU